AUGAAUCAUUCAUCUAUGAAAAGCCUGCUGUUCCUCAUGUCUACUUUGUGCCUUUGCUCCAGCCAUUCCUUACUUUCCCAACUGCGUUUCUCUUUGUUCCUGGAUCCCGAACACCAGACUUACCUCCGAUGGGACUAUGACAAUGAACUUGCCAUUAUGAGUUUUGAGUUUCAAGCCCAGUCAACUGGAUGGGUGGCUUUUGGCUUCACCGUUAAUAAGAAUAUUCCUGGAGCAGACUUCGUGAUUGGUGGUGUUCUUCCUGAUGGCAACAUCUAUUUCUCAGACUGGCAUGGGGUGAAUGAGGAUACCAUCUUGGAAGAUGAAAGUCAAGAUUAUGAGCUGCUGUCUUUGACCCAGGAUGCAACUUCCACCACCAUUGCAUUCAGGCGACCAUUCCGGACAUGUGAUGAACAUGACCUGGACAUCACGGUUGACACACUUCGCAUCCUGGCUGCCUUUGGCACAAAUGACACAAUCGACUUCUUCCAAGGGAAAAUAACCCACAAAUCUCUCUUCAUGAUGCUGUUGGAAACUGAAAUGAAACUGAACAAUCCCAGUGUCUAUCAUGUGUACGAUUUGAUACUAAAUGAGUUUCCUAUCCCAGUGGAUGACACCACCUACGCCUGUACCUUUCUCCCACUACCCAUUGUCAAGACAAAACAUCACAUCUAUAAGUUUGAGCCCGUAAUCACACCCCAGAAUGAAACGCUGGUGCACCACAUCCUGGUGUACGCCUGUGGCAACGGAAGCCUGCUGCCAAGCGGAGUCAGCGACUGCUAUGGAGCUGAUCCGGAUUUUUCUCUGUGCUCUCAGAUAGUUGCUGGCUGGGCCGUAGGAGGCGGGGCCUACACGUUCCCAGAUGAAACUGGAAUCUCCAUAGGGACACCAACUGAUGCCCAAUGGAUCCGGCUAGAAGUUCAUUACAGCAAUUUUAAUUUAAUUCCAGGCUUAAUUGAUAGCUCAGGCCUGCGACUCUUCUAUACCCCGGAGCUGCGUCCAUACGACAUGGGGGUGCUACACACAGGAAUUUUCACCUUUCCUAUCCAUUUCAUCCCCCCUCAAGCAGAUUCUUUCUUGUCUUAUGGCUUCUGCAAUACCAGUCUGUUUGAUGAGAUCAAUGGGACUCCCACACCAGAUAUGCAUGUCUUUGGUUAUUUACUGCAUACCCAUCUGGCUGGAAGGGGACUGAGAGGCGUCCAAUACCGGAAUGGAAAACAGUUGAGGGUCCUCUGCGAAGACAAUAAAUAUGAUUUCAAUCUUCAGGAGACAAGAGACUUGAGGGAGCAUAUUAUUCUCAAAUCAGGAGAUGAAUUCCUGGUGGAAUGUCGCUAUCAAACCACAGAUCGGCCAGAGAUUACCUUCGGAGGCCCAAGUACCUUGAAUGAAAUGUGCCUGAUAUUCCUCUUCUACUAUCCUCGCAACAACAUCUCCAACUGCCUAGGACUUCCAGACAUUCAAUAUGUUGCCAAUCAGCUUGGCCAGGAGGCAAAUGAUCCAACGGAAGGAAUGAUGGCCAUCAGCAAUGUAGAAUGGAACAAUGAAACUAUCAAGAAAGCAGAGAAAGCAUGCAAGGAAGCUCCUCAGGUUAUCAGGAUAAGAACCAUUGAUGAGGUGGAAAUGAACGAAACUGGUUUCAUUCGUGAUAUUGCAGAUUCCAAACCAAUCCCCUGCCAGACGAGUUCAAGAGGCAUGACUAUGGCACCUCAACCAGAAGGGCAAGCCAAGUAUAGACCAAUUAGAGCUGUGGCUUCCAAAGCGAUUAGCAUAAGAAGCAUCUUUCCAUUUCCUAGCCUGCUGCUUGUACCUUUGGGUUUUGCUUGGCUUCUCACCUCCCCCCAGUAUGAACUCUGAGCAUUCCAUGCCAGUUUGUAGUUCUAGAA